AUGUUUGCGGGCAAAAGCAGCAUGGCGGGCGUGAUCAUCAUCAUCAAUGGCUAUCCCGGAGUUGGGAAGCUGACCGUCGCCAAGGCGUUGGUCGAGCUACUCCCCAAUGCGAAGGUAUUGGACAUUCAUCCCCUCAAUCAGGCGGUCUCGGCCAUUCAUGAGGAAGGCACGGAGCGGUACAAGCAAGUCCGAGCGGCAAUGACAAGCACUCUUCUCUCCUCCCUCCAUCCUCCUAUCCCCGGCACGCCCAUCUACAUCCUCCCAACGACCCUCUCCCACUCCUCUCGGCCCCUCCUAGCACCCAUCCUCGCCCUCCACAAGACCUUCGCGAUCAUGCACAUCAUCCUCACGUGCGCGACGCCCGUCCAUGUCGCCCGCGUGCUCAGCGACCAGGCGACCCGUCAUGCCCGAGGCACUAUAUCGGACGAGGCGAGUCUGAUGGAGAUGAAGAUGGACGAUGAGGUGUUGAGGCUGACGGGCGGACCCAGGGGUGCGGGCAUAGGCGAAGGGAAGGUGGUGGGCGAGUACGAGAUCGAUACGAGCGUGAUGGAUGCUGGAAUGGCGGCGGGGGUGGUGGCUGAGUAUGCGGUGCAGGGUUUGAGGGAUGUCGGGGUGUGGGUCAUUCUGGGGAGGCGAAAGAGGGAGCAGCAGAGUGCGUGGUAG